AUGGCGAACUCACAUCUUCUUCUUCUUCUGUUGAUAUCCUCCCUCUUCUCCGUCCACCACUCAGGUGCUGCUACUGAGUCGGAGUCUGAGAGCCUUCUGAAAAUCCAGCAGCUCCUCAACUACCCACCACCUCUAAACCUAGUCAGUUCCAAGGACGGACACUCUUUGUGCAGCAUUGAACCAACUCCUUCGCUCACUCUCUCUUGCUACCAAGGCAACGUUACCCAGCUCCACAUUUCAGGCGGCGGAGCUGCCUUCCCUCCGCUGCCGCGUGACUUCUCAACCCACUCUCUCUUCUCCGCUCUCGCCUCCGCCUUCCCAACCCUCAAAGUCCUAUCUCUGGUCUCUCUCCGCCUCUGGGGCCCACUCCCUCCCUCCAUCGCCGGUUUAUCUUCCCUCGAGAUUCUCAACCUCACCUCCAACUACCUCAGCGGCGCCAUCCCUCCCCACAUUUCCUCCCUUGUCAACCUCCAGACUCUCAUCCUCGACCGCAACAACUUCACCGGCCGACUCCCGCCGUCGCUGGCUUCGCUUCGGUCGUUGGCCGUUCUCAGUUUGAACCACAACCUCCUCAACGGCUUUCUCCCGCGUUCUCUGGCAUCUCUGCAAACCCUCAGAGUCCUCUCUCUCUCCCACAACUUCCUGGCCGGCGAAGUUCCUGACCUCAAAAGCCUCACAAACUUGCAAUUUCUUGAUUUGGAAGCUAACUAUUUCGGGCCUCGUUUUCCAAGCUUGCGUUCCAAGAACAAGCUGGUAACCCUUGUGCUCCGAAACAACAAGUUUCGCCUUGGAAUCCAGACCGGAUUCCGAGGCGGUUUUCAGCUCCAGAGGCUUGACAUUUCACUCAAUCAAUUCGUGGGGCCUUUUUCGCCUUCAUGGCUGUCGUUGCCUUCCAUCAAUUAUCUUGACAUUGCCGGAAAUAAAUUCACCGGAGUGCUCUCCAAGAACAUGUCUUGCAAUGCUGAGCUUGCUUUUGUGAAUUUGUCCUCAAAUCUUUUGGCAGGGGACUUGCCCACUUGCCUCAAAAACCGGGGUUCGAAGAGCAGCAGUGUGGUUGUUCUCUAUUCCGGGAAUUGUUUGACGAAUGUGGACCAGAAGCAGCAGCAGCAUCCUUCUACCUUGUGCCACCAUGAAGCUCUGGCGGUGGAGAUACCGCCUCCGGGUGACGAAAGGCGCAAGAGGCUUCAUGAUAUUAAACAAGUCGUUGCAUCAAAAGCCCUGGCAGGCAUUGUGGGUGCCGCUGCAAUUGUUGCUCUGGCUUUCAUGGCUGUUAAGUGGUUAUACGGCGAACAGCUGCCUGUUAAAAGUCCCAGAACACGGUUGAUUAGAGAUUCAGCUUCAACAGUCAACACAGCCAAGCUACUCUCGGAUGCAAAAUAUAUAUCAGAAACAAUGAAGCUGGGAGCCAGCGUUCCUGCUUAUCGAACAUUUUCUUUGGAGGAGCUCAAGGAAGCUACGAAUGACUUUGAUGAUUCAACAUUACUUGGUGAAGGCAAACAUGGACAGAUGUAUAGAGGGAAGCUCACCAAUGGAACACUUGUUGCUAUCAGAGGCUUGAAAAUGAGAAAGAGGCAGGCUCCACAAGUCUACACGCACCACCUUGAGCUGAUUUCAAAACUGAGACAUAGCCAUUUGGUUAGUGCUCUUGGACAUUGCUUGGAGUACCAUCCCGAUGAUUCAGGGGUCGGCAGAAUAUUUCUUGUAUUUGAGUUUGUUCCAAAUGGAACUCUAAGAGGCUGCAUUUCUGAAGGACCUCCAGGACGAAAGCUUACUUGGGCGCAGAGAAUAGUAGCUGCAAUUGGAGUUGCAAAGGGUAUUCAGUUUCUGCAUACAGGGAUUGUUCCUGGUGUAAAAUCAAAUAAUCUCAAGAUAACAAAUGUCUUAUUGGAUCACGAUCUUCAUGUGAAAAUAAGCAGUUAUAACCUACCUCUUUUAGCUGAAAACAACAGGGGAACGGUGGGUACUACAGUUUCUUCCCCUGCACCGAAAGGAAGCAUUCAAACUAGGGUUAACCAUGAGUGUAAGAAUGACGUUUAUGAUAUUGGAGUAAUCUUGCUAGAAAUCAUUUUGGGGAGGCCUAUCAUGUUCCAAAAUGAAGUUGGUGUUUUGAAAGACCUUUUACAAGUAAGUUUGAACACUGAUGACACAGCUCGAAGGAGCAUUGUGGAUCCAGCAGUGCACAAGGAAUGCUCGGAUGAAUCGCUGAAGACAAUGAUGGAGAUAUGUGUGAGAUGUCUUUCCGAUGAGGUAGCUGAUAGGCCUUCAGUCGAAGACAUUCUUUGGAAUUUGCAGUUUGCAGCGCAGGUUCAGGAUUCAGCGAAAGAUGAACUUUUUGAGUAGUAAUCAGGGCUCGCCCAUUUCAUCACCCCAACUCCAGCUAAUCUGACCUUCAUCUUCCUCCUAUGUUUUCAUCAGUUAGGGAACACUGUUUGUAAUGCACCAUACCAAAUGGCAAAUGUAUGAGCUCUGUAAACCCUUAAUGUUAGUAUUAUGUUAUUAUGUCCUUGUAAUUAGGUGUAACUUUUUAUAAAACUCCCCCUCGUACUGUCAAUUUUUUUAAAAUGUAUUUUUCUCUCAUGAGCUCCAGGAUCCUGGUAUCCCAAUAAAGAAAAAAUUAUAGUG